GGAGUAUGAAGAGCGGUGAUUGUGGCGCUCAAGAGAAUCAUCAAAGAGAGUUACCAAAUUAAUCAGAGUCCACCGAUACAGCACGAUGUACACAAAGCCAACUUUAGUAUUUUGUUUUCUGGUUCUAAUGUUAAUAGUAAAAAAGGCAACGCCCCGAGUGGAGUUUACCAACUUGAAGUGUAUGUCUGUGGACAAAGAUUUCGCCGAAUUUACCGAAUGCACUCUGAAAUCGAUAAAUCGAACGUAUAAAUAUAUUUCGGCCAGAGUUAGCCUGUACAAACUGCCAAUUACUAAAGCAGGGGUCAACUUUGGACUGUACAAAAGGUUUAAUGGUUACAAGCCGUUCCUAUACAAUCAAACCAUAAAUGCUUGCCAUUUUUUCAAACAUCAAAAGGCACAUCCUGUAGCAAAGUAUUUUUUUGACAUGAUUAAGGAAGUUUCCAACUUAAACCACUCCUGUCCAUAUAAUCACGAUAUUAUUGUGGAAAAAGUAUCCACCGAUAUGGUUAAUCACCACAUUACAAAUAUUCUCUCCUACCCGGAAGGUGAUUACAUGCUAGAAACUCGUUGGAUACUAAAUGAUAAAUAUGCUGGAGGAAUUAAAGUGUAUUUGUCGCUAUUCUAAAUAUUUAAAUUACUUUCAU